GGACAUAUCCUCAAAAUCCCCCAACGCCGCUGGAAAACAACGCCGCUGGAAGUGGGAGAGGUGUUGGGUGGCGGAACCUUCUCCCCAACCCUGAAAAAUCCACCUAGAAAACCGCACCGAUGUCCUCCGCGGCACCACCACCAGCCUCCCAUGACGACUCCCUCCACUCCCCCCUCCUCCUCCCUCCUCCUCGGGCCACGGCGGCGGGAGGCGAGGCCCGCGCCAAAUCCGAGCCCGAGAAGGUUUGCAUCGACGGAAUGCUCCAGAAGUACUGCGGCGAGUUCGGGCCGUGGCAGCUGAGGCACUUCGUGCUCACCAGCCUCGCCUGGGCCCUCGAGGCCUUCCACACCAUGGUCAUGAUAUUCGCGGACCGUGAGCCGGCCUGGCGGUGCACCGCGGCCGGCCAAGGCUGCGACUGGGCGGCGGCCGGGGUGUGCGGGCACGAGCCGGGCUCGUGGGAGUGGGCGGAGGGCGGCGGGAGCUCCACGGUGAGCGAGUGGGGGCUGGUUUGCGGGGAGAAGUACAAGGUAGGGUUGGUCCAGGCCUUGUUCUUUGGCGGGUGCAUGAUUGGAGCCGGAACAUUUGGCCAUCUCUCGGACUCGUUCUUGGGAAGAAAAGGCUCUCUAACGGUGGUUUGUAUCUUGAAUGCCAUCUUCGGUUGCUUGACGGCAUUCUCUCCAGAUUACUGGACCUAUUGCCUCCUCCGCUUCAUUACCGGAUUCAGCACUGGCGGGGUCGGCCUAUGUGCUUUUGUACUAUCCACCGAGCCUAUCGGCCCAAAGAAGCGCGGGGCGGCAGGAAUGUCCACUUUCUACUUCUUCUCGUGUGGUAUCGCUCUUCUCUCCGGCAUUGCCUAUGUGUUUCGCUCGUGGCGAGAACUUUACAUCGCUUCCUCCAUUCCCUCCGUGCUGUUCCUUGUGGGGGUCCUCCCUUUCAUCUCGGAAUCCCCACGGUGGUAUCUUGUCCGGGGGAAGGUUGACGAGGCCAUGAAGAUUAUGCGAGCUAUCGCCAAAGCCAACAAGAAACACCUCACCGAUGGGGUCAUCCUCGCACUUGAUGAGGAAGUGAAUCAAAACUCGAAUGAUGGUCGAUCCUGUAAAGAUCAGAGGGACACAAAGGACGUGAUGACGGGGUCUCUCAUUGAUGUGGUGAAGUCACCUGUCACUCGGAUUCGACUUAUCUUGGCCGUGGCAAUCAACUUCCUGUGUUCGGUCGUGUACUAUGGCAUUAGCCUAAACGUCGUCAAUCUCCAGACCAACCUUUACCUUAACGUGUUCCUCAAUGGGGUGGCCGAAAUGCCGGCCUUUACGAUAACGGCGCUCUUGCUCGAUAAGUUCGGGAGGAAGCCAUUGGCGAUUGGAACACAGUGGUUCAGUGGAUUCUUCUGCCUCAUUGGGAGCUUGAUGACGACACAUGGGGUGUGGAAAGUGGUGAGGAUGGCGUGCGGAAUUCUCGGGAUUUUUGGCAUGGCUGGCACGUAUAACUUGCUCUUCAUCUACACGGCGGAGCUGUUUCCGACCGUGGUGAGGAAUGCGGCUCUCGGCUGUGGAACUCAGGCGGCGCAAAUGGGUGCGAUCUUGGCGCCUUUCGUGGUGGUCUUAGGAGGCGGCCUCCCAUUUGCGGUCUUCGCGGCGUGUGCAAUCCUGGGUGGGAUACUAGCGUUUUACCUCCCGGAGACGUUAAAUCGGCCUCUGUAUGAUACAAUGGCCGGAAUGGAAGGCGGGGAGAGCGUAUGAAGGAACACAAUCCUCGUACUUUAAACUAAACUUGAGUAAUGUAGACUUAAAUCACUGUUCUUGAUGAUAGGAUCCUCCUUUUUUUUAUCUUCA